AUGCGUCGCCAGGACUACACGGUGGGAUGGAUCUGUGCGGUACAGACAGAGUUCGUGGCAGCCUGCGAGCUGCUGGACGAGGAACACCCUCUACUACCAACCGACUCCCCUCACGACGACAACGCCUAUACCCUCGGUCGCAUUGGCGAUCACCACAUCGUCAUCGCAUGCCUUCCGAAAGGGAGGUACGGUAUCGCCUCCGCCGCCAGCGUGGCUAAAGACAUGCUGCGCAGCUUCGAGUCCAUCCGGAUCGGAUUGAUGGUCGGCAUCGGAGGAGGGGCACCCAGCGGCAAGCAUGAUAUCAGACUUGGGGAUAUCGUGGUCGGCUGUCCUAUCAAGAAGGAGGGUGGUGUGGUUCCCUAUAACUUUGGCAAGGCGGUUCAAGACCAGGAAUUCGAGCGAACGGGUUCCUUGAACUCGCCACCAACAGUCCUCUUGACCGCGUUGACCAAGCUGAGCGCAGAUCACGAGAGGAGAGGCAGUCAUAUCGCCGAGUCGAUUCGGUUGAUAAUGACCAAAAAUCCAAGAUUGCGAGGGAAAUACCAACGUCCAGGCGUAGAGCAUGACAGGCUAUACGAAUCUAGCUAUACUCACCGUGGAGGUGAUUAUAGGUGCGAGAUUGGUUGUGAUAGCACAUCUCCGCCGCUACUCCGGCGACUGCAGCGUGAGCUUGACCCGGACGAGCCGGUGGUGCAUUAUGGCCUUAUUGCAUCAGCGGACACACUGAUGAAAGACGCAAUUGCACGAGAUCGGCUGAUCAAAGAGCAUGAUAUCCUAUGUUUUGAGAUGGAAGCGGCAGGGCUUAUGAACGAUUUCCCGUGCGUUGUGAUUCGAGGCAUUUGCGAUUACUCGGAUUCACAUAAAAAUGAUGCAUGGCAAGGGUACGCGGCGGUCACGGCGGCGUCCUAUGCCAAAGAACUUCUUGGCAUUAUCCCAGAACGUCAGAUUGCCCGCACACAGACGGCGACUGCAGAAAUGGGUGAGUAG